GGAAAGCUUCCAGAGCCGCUCCAACUCUUGUCUCUGUGUUUUCAGUCUGAUGCAUGGACUACUGCUCCUCUAACAUCUCUCUCUUAAUCCACUGUCCCCUUGACACGUUUCUCUUCUGGACUACAAGCUCAGCCAUCUGAAAGAGAGAGAAAGAGAGAAAAAAAAAACUGUUUCCUUUGGCUCGGUCGAACUUCAAAAGAAAAAAAAUCUCUCCAAAGGACUUCUUAAAGGAAGCGGCCGAAAUACAUUAAAGCGCGUCUGCAUUGCUUGUUUGUGGGAGUUUUUUUGUUCAGCAGGAGGAUAACUCUGUCAACAGUUGCCUUAUUCCAGAUCUCCAUGUAUACAGUGUGACAUGCGGAGGCUACUGCGACCGCGCUGCUGCUGCUGGUGGAUUCCGCCUCUGCUUUUCUCCUCGCUCGUGCUCCGCUGGGCACACUGUCAUCCCGCAUUGGCUGAAGGGAACAAAGCAGGUCAUCAUGACCGGCCAAUCGGUGACAGGCACCGCAGAGCGGCCGAAGAGUCCUACUGGGCCUACUCAGGGACGUACGGACCAGAUACAGGGUGGGCGGCAGCUUUUCCUGAGUGUCAGGAGAGAAACCAAUCACCGGUCAAUAUAGCCGACCAAGACACUAAGGUCUCGAUGGAGUACCAGGAACUCACGCUGGACGGGUUUGAUGCAGAGUCAUCCAACAAGACAUCAAUGAAGAAUACAGGCAAAACCGUGGCGAUCUUCUUGAAGGACGAUUAUUUUGUGAGAGGAGCUGGGCUACCAGGCCGCUUCAAAGCCGAGAAGGUGGAGUUCCACUGGGGCCAGAGCAAUGGUUCCGACGGCUCCGAGCACAGCAUCAAUGGCAGGAGAUUCCCUGUGGAGAUGCAGAUCUUCAUGUAUAACUCAGACGACUUUGACAGUCUUAACACAGCCAUACGGGAGAAGCGAGUAAUUGCGGCCAUGGCUGUCUUCUUUCAGGUGGGGAUGAAGGACAAUCCUGCAGUAGAUCCGAUUAUUCAUGGGCUAAGAGGAGUGGUUCAUCACGAAAAAGAGACAUUUCUAGAGCCCUUCGUGCUCAGAGACUUGUUGCCGUCCUCCAUCGGAAGCUACUACCGUUACAUCGGCUCUUUGACCACGCCGCCCUGCAGUAAAGUGGUGGAGUGGAUCGUCUUCAGUCGGCCCGUGUUCCUCUCCUACAAACAGCUGGAAGCGUUCUACUCCAUCUUCACCACAGAACAGCAGGAUCAUGUUAAAUCCGUGGAAUACCUGCGUAACAACUUCCGCCCACUCCAGAGUCUGGACAACCGAGAGGUCUUCAAAUCCGCCGUCAAAGAAGCUUGGCUGCCUGACUUGACUGACAGCCUGGGGAACCCGUACGGUACCGAGGCUUCUAAAGCAUGCAGCAGUGCCCCGAUCAACAUGAACGUCCAGCACAUGAACAAGACGGCGCUUUUCGUUCGAUGGUCCCGUCCGGAGAUCACCUACGAUCCACCCAUCAUCAGCUACCACAUUUCCUACAGCUGGACCAGAAACGACGAGUCAUAUGAGGAGACGUACGUCAAAGGGAGUGAUCAGAAACUGGAGGCCGUCAUCGCACCGGUGUCGUCGGAUGUGCUGUACCUGUUCCGCGUCCAGGCAGUGUGUUUGAAUGACAAGCGCAGUGACUUCAGCCAGAGCAUGCUCUUCAGAGCCAACACCACCAGGAUAUUUGAAGGCACAAGAAUAGUCAAAACUGGGAUGGUAAGUUUACAUAUGUCCAGCAGGUGGCAGCACAGUCUCUUUUGGAUUAUUCCUCUGGUGGUGGUGUCGGCGCUCACCUUCCUCUGCCUCAUUCUGCUGCUGGCCGUGCUCGUUUACUGGAGGAGGUGUUUCCAAACGGCUCAUUUCUACGUCGAAGACAGUAACUCGCCCAGAGUUGUGCCCAAUGAGAGUAUCCCGGUCAUCCCAAUCCCAGAUGAUAUGGAGGCCAUCCCUGUUAAACAGUUUAUCAAGCAUGUAUCAGAACUCUACUCCAACAACCAACACGGCUUCUCAGAAGAGUUUGAGGAAGUGCAGCGCUGCACAGCAGAUAUGAAGAUCACAUCAGAACACUCCAAUCACCCUGACAACAAGCACAAAAACAGAUACAUCAACAUCAUAGCCUAUGACCACAGUCGAGUGAAGCUCAGGCCUCUGGCAGGAAAAGACUCCAAACACAGUGACUACAUCAAUGCCAACUAUGUGGAUGGCUACAAUAAACCCAAGGCCUACGUCGCAGCUCAGGGUCCUCUCAAGUCCACAUUCGAGGACUUCUGGCGGAUGGUGUGGGAACAAAACACCGGCAUUAUAGUCAUGAUCACUAACCUGGUGGAGAAAGGCAGAAGAAAAUGCGACCAAUACUGGCCGACGGAGAACAGCGAGGAAUAUGGGAAUAUUGUGGUGACUCUGAAGAGAACCAAAGUAAUGGCGUGCUACACACUCCGCAUCUUCACUAUCAGAAACACCAAAGUAAAGAAGGGUCAGAAGGGUAACACUAAGGGACGUCAGAGUGAAAGAACAGUUCUGCAGUAUCACUACACUCAGUGGCCAGAUAUGGGUGUCCCUGAAUACACGUUACCUGUGCUCACCUUUGUCAGGAGGUCCUCUGCCGCACAGACUCCAGAGAUGGGCCCCAUGCUUGUACACUGCAGUGCUGGCGUGGGCAGGACAGGAACUUAUAUUGUGAUUGACAGCAUGCUACAGCAGCUGAAAGAUAAAGGCUCAGUCAAUGUGCUGGGUUUCCUCAAACAUAUACGCACUCAGAGAAACUACCUGGUCCAAACGGAGGAGCAGUAUAUCUUCAUCCACGAUGCCUUGAUGGAAGCCAUUCUUGGGAAUGAAACAGAGGUGCCCUCUAGUCAGCUGCACAGUUAUGUCAACAACAUCCUGACGCCGGGCCCAGGGGGCAAAACACGACUGGAGAAGCAGUUCAAGCUUUUGACUCAGUGCAAUGCAAGAUUUGUGGAGUGCUUCAGUGCUCAAAAAGAAUGCAACAAGGAGAAGAACCGCAACUCUUCUGUUGUCCCAUCGGAAAGAGCACGUGUUGGUCUCGCACCGUUGCCUGGGAUGAAAGGCACUGAUUACAUCAAUGCAUCUUAUAUAAUGGGCUACUACCGGAGCAAUGAGUUCAUCAUUACCCAGCAUCCCUUGCCUCACACCACUAAAGAUUUCUGGAGGAUGAUCUGGGACCACAAUGCUCAAAUCAUUGUCAUGUUACCAGACAACCAGGGCCUGGCGGAGGAUGAGUUUGUGUAUUGGCCGAGUCGAGAGGAAGCCAUGAACUGUGAGGCGUUUACAGUCACUCUUAUCAGUAAAGACAGACUCUGCCUCUCCAGUGAGGAGCAAAUCAUCAUUCAUGACUUCAUCCUGGAGGCCACACAGGAUGAUUACGUUUUAGAAGUUCGUCAUUUUCAGUGCCCGAAAUGGCCAAACCCUGACGCUCCCAUAAGCAGCACCUUUGAGCUCAUCAAUGUCAUCAAAGAAGAGGCCAUGACCAGAGAUGGACCCACUAUAGUGCAUGACGAAUUUGGUGCAGUGUCUGCUGGGAUGUUAUGUGCUCUCACCACACUGUCACAGCAGCUGGAGAGUGAAGGAGCUGUGGGGGUCUACCAGGUGGCCAAGAUGAUCAACCUCAUGAGACCAGGAGUCUUUACCGACAUUGAACAGUACCAGUACCUUUACAAAGCUAUGCUCAGCUUGAUAAGCACUAAAGAGAACGGAUCCAGCCCCAUGUCCCUGGACAGAAACGGCAGCGUGGCCAUGUCUGACGAAUCGGACCCGGCCGAAAGCAUGGAGUCGCUCGUCUAAAGCCCCCCGAACAGGCGCGAAGAGGCACUUACUCGAACUUUGUAAAACUUCAAGGACUAAGACAGACUUUUUCUGAGGCCUUUUUUGCCAGAACUCUUGGUUAAAAGAAUAACCUGAUUACUUUUUUACACUGAUAAAAAGUUUUUGAUAUUUAUUUUUUUCGCCAUUUUAUGUCUUAAUGUUAUCCUACUGAACAUUUGCACCGACGUUUUUUGAGUUCGCAACAAACGGAACGAAAUGAAACACAGUUCUGUCUAGUUUGCACUAUGAAAAUAUCAGUGUUACUGCCUACUCCUGCAUCUCCACCACAGUCGGUCUCUCUCACUCACUUUGAACUCUCACUGUCAAGCCCUUAUUCUGACAUUCCAUAAUAAAGCUGCUCUCCGAAGCUUUAGAAAUAUCCUCCACAAUCAAAAAACAGUUUCCACGCACACCUCAGACGCUGGAAAAAGAGAUUAUUCCCAUGUCCAACUUGCGAAGACCCACCACAAAACGUCAGAUUCACCGAUGAAAGACCGUAUGAGCAAUAUGGAUUAUGUUCGUUUUGAUUUUCGUUUGCUUUGAUCAUUUCACGCACCCCGAAUAGUAUAUCUACUCAUUAUGCUUCUAGUUAAACCCAUAUUUACUUUCGAAAGGUGGUAUUAAAACAGCUACUGUGAACUUUUGUAUGAUUCAUAUUCCGCUUUUAAUAUAUAUGAAUAUAUCGUAUAUCAUGAUAACUUGUGCUUUUGUAAAUGUUAACUGUCUCUACGAGCAGCCGUCACAGUCUCUGCUCUCGGUCGAAGGAUCCGCAGAGCCCGUGACUCCUCUAGCACCCCCUGCUGGUUUGAUUUCUCCAUUGCUUUACGCUGCAAGCUGCUACUUUUGUCACUUGAGAGUGCAACUCAACAUGUAAUGAUAAAAUGCGACUCAUAAUGUAGGAGUUAAUUCUGUUCUCUGCCCACUUCAUUUUGUGAUUUUUAUACUGCUCUACUUCGUCCUGGGUUCACUGACAUAAGCCGUCCCAUAACUUUGAGAAUAAUGUAUACAAGUCUCUCGAUGCCUUCUGUACAGUCUCAUUUCACCUCGGCAGGUGUGUGUGUGUAUGUGUGUGAUAUAGGUGUGUGUUGUGUUUGGUAUUGACUGGUUUUACUAGAAGCUUGUAGACUCAGUCCGAGCAUUUCUUCACUAAACCGACCUCUUUUAGUGUCUGUCAUUUCUUGUCAUUGAUUCUCAGAUACUGCUAGGAAAAACAGUUACUGUAAUAUCGUAAACGGUUGUCUCAUGCCAUACAGCACAAAGGCCUUGCUAACAAAACAUUAGAAUCAGUCUUAUCGCUUCGAAAACUGGGGACCCCGCGAUUCAUUAAUUUUUACCAAAGACUACAACUGUCACUUCAGUCAUGAAACGUGAGAAAGUUUUUAUUUUUAGGAUUGGGUAAAGCCGUUUUAAGCAGAAUGUUUUCGGUAGUGACUGGGAAAACAAUGUUGAAAAUGUCCACAGGCAAAAUUAUGUUUUUGUUUUGUUGUAUGUUUUGCUUUGCAUCUUUGUUUUUUGUUGCGUUCUUAGUAGUUUUGUUUGUUUCGUUUGGUUUGGUUUUGUUUUUGUCUAAGUUGCUUCGCGGAGCAUUUGUUUAUCUGACAGGUCACCUUUAUUUUUGUUUCGUUUCUUUUUAUGUUGCAAUGAGAAUGUACACUAUUACUGAUUUCUUUUGAUGUGAAGAAGAAAGCUGUUGAAUUUUUGUUUGACUUUUGAAAUGCUUUCGAAAGUUUGACUAUGUUAUGCUGUUGAGAUGGAGAAGACACACAUUGAAGGUGUUUACUCAGUUCAUGUCUUGGUUCUCUUAAGAAGGAGGCUGGAAAAUGAAGUCACAUCUCUCCAACAUUUGGGGUAAUAUUUUGACUUUGCUUGUGCAUCGCGUGAGAUAAUUGGAGCUGCAAGUUGCAUAAAUCUUUUCUAACAUUUUUGUCCUGUGGUAUCCCUUUUUUCCUUUUCUUGCAUUAUUUGUGGGUUGCAUUUGCAAGCAUAUUUGCAUUAUCAUGUUAAGAAAUGUACAUAUCUAUUUCUUGCUUCAUUAACUCAUCAGUCUCUAAAAGCUUUGUAUCCUGGCAUAUAAUUGCAAACUCUCUAUUUUCAUAUGAAUCAAUUUUGUUUGUUUGUUUGUUUGUUCUUAGUUUUGUGUGUAGUUCUCAUUGAUGGUUAACACAAAAUGUCCCCAAAUCCUUCAGAAGGUGGCUGGCAUCACAUUCCAAACACACAACACUCAUAAACUAAGGCAGUGAUUUUAGUAUUUCUUUUUUCUUUCCCCCAUUUGAAUCGAAAUAAAAUCUGUUUCAUUGUCCAGAAGUGCAAUAGAAUAGAUCUUGUAAGU